GCGGCGGCGGCGAGAGUAGCAAUCAGAGCCAAGUCCUUGCGGUGCGGGAUCCCCAGGCUUCCCUUCUGCGUGACCGCAGUUUGCGUUGCUCCUGGCGGUGGCGGCAAGCCAUGGCGGCAGCUCUGGAGGAGCUACGCAAAGAUCUGGAAGAAGUAAAGGAGUUGCUGGGAAAAGCCACUAGGAAAAGAGUUCGUGAUGUCCUAACAGCAGAGAAGUCCAAGUUAGAAGCAGAGAUCAAGCACAAGACAAAGCAGAAGGGACAGGAGAAAGGAGAAACUAUUGAUAAUGAGAAACCAGCAGCUGUGGUUGCCCCCAUUUCAGUUGGGUACACAGUGAAAAUCAACAAUUAUGGAUGGGAUCAAUCAGAUAAAUAUGUGAAAAUCUACAUCACCUUAAAUGGUGUUCAACAAGUUCCCCCUGAGAAUGUACAGGUGCAGUUCAAGGAAAGGUCAUUUGAAGUUCUUGUAAAGAAUCUUAAUGGGAAGAAUUACUCUAUGACUGUCAAUAAUCUUUUGAAGCCCAUUUCUGUAGAAGGUAGUUUAAGAAAGAUCAAGACGGAUACAGUUCUUGUAUUAUGCAAAAAGAAGCAGGAACAAAAAUGGGAUUACCUGACCCAGGUGGAGAAAGAAUGCAAAGAGAAGGAAAAAUCUUCCUUCGAUAAUGACACAGAUCCUAGUGAGGGGUUGAUGAAUGUUUUGAAGAAAAUUUAUGAAGAUGGUGAUGAUGAAAUGAAGAGAACUAUUAAUAAAGCCUGGGUAGAGUCAAGGGAGAAACAAGCCAAAGGAGAGAGUGAAUUUUGAGACAAAAGUUCUUUCAGCCACCAAUGUGGAAAUAUCCUUUCCAAUAAGGAACUGUCGCUGAGCUGCACAGAUGCAUUUGACAAGUAUAUUGUUUACACAGCCUUCUUCCAAGCAAAGACCCUGAACUCUUUCCAUUUCAUGCUGGAGGAUUUAUUUAAAAUAAAACAUGCUUAUUUUAAAAACACUUCUUUCAAGGAAAGUUGCCUUAGUGCCCUGUUUAUUUUGUGUGCAAGGAAAAAGGUCAUUGUUUCCUUACUUCAAGUCUUGCUAAUUAAAAAGCUAUAUAUUCAUUAUCUCUGCUGUUCAUCUGCACAAUUAAAGGGAUUGAACCUACAUUCAAAGUAUUCUUGCUUUUCCUUCAAGAUUGGCAUGGAUAUUUAUUCUUGAGUCCUUCAAUUUGGUAUUUUGGAAGCAGCAGGUAUAAAAUGAGUUUAUGAGCUUCAGUUAAUAGAUUAUGGUAUAAAUUGGCCCUUGCUUCUUAAGAAACAGGCAGGGGGAAAUGAAUGUUCAGUUAUUGUUAUGAUGGGUUUAUAAAGAGCACUUGAUUUGAGUUUAAAAGUUUAACUUAAUCAGGUGUCAUCACAAGGCAUGUCUAUAAAUAUUAAAUUACUUUAAAAUAUACAAAAAAUUCACAACUGAGUGAACAAAUGAGCCUAUAAUGGUGAGAACUAAUCUCAAGUUUCUCCUGAAUUUAACAAGUUAAUAACAGUAAUAAAAUAAAGAAAAAAUGACUAGCAAA